CCCCCAUAAAUCAACUGUCUCCUACUACCACAAGCCAAUAGAGAUACUAGUCUCUUACUCAUACCCGGCCCUUCCAUAUUAUUAUUUUCCCUUUCAAUUAUAUUAUGUCGUCAAGUUCAGUCUUCAAACCUUUCAGUGAGGAUCUAAGUGUCGAUUUAACUUUGGAAAGAAUAGUAGGAGAUGUGGUGGAUAAUUUUAUCCCUACUGUAAAAAUGACUGUCAUUUAUAAUUCCAACAGGCAACUUAUCAAUGGUCAUGAGCUCACACCUUCUCUUUUUAUCUCUAAACCUCUAGUUGAGAUUGGAGGAGAAGAUAUGAGAACAUCUUAUACACUUAUUAUGACAGAUCCAGAUGCCCCAAGUCCUAGUGAUCCCUACUUAAAAGAACACCUUCACUGGAUAGUCACAGACAUCCCUGGUACAACUAAUGUGUUGUUUGGAAAGGAAAUUGUGAGUUAUGAAGCUCCAAAACCAAUGGUGGGGUUUCAUAGAUUUGUGUUCAUCUUAUUUAAGCAGAGAGGAAGACAAACUGUGAGGCCUCCAACUAUGAGAGACUGUUUCAACACAAGGGCAUUUUCUCAAGACAAUAAUCUGGGCCUCCCAGUUGCUGCAGCAUACUUCAAUGCACAGAAAGAGACUGCUUCUAGAUCAAGAAAAUAAAUUCAUAUAUCAUCAUAAAAAUGAUAAGAUAUUAAAUAAUGAAAGAGAAAAAUAGCUUUCUUUUUCCUUGGUUGUUCUAUCUAGCUAUUUAAAACAAGUGUUUCAGUGAAAGUUGACAACAUUUGAUCUUUUAAUUUUCGAGAUGUUAUUUAUGAUUUAGCAUUAUGGAGUAAUAAAUAUUGUAAGAGAACCUAGCUAAUAAGAAGGGGUUUGUUUGUUUGCUCA